UUUCUCCGAUAAAGAUGAGAAAAUCGAGUCCACAGUGUAGUGAAGAGUGGAAAAUCUGGAAAAACAGCUAUAGCCUAUCUUUCUCUCCUUUUGUAUGAUUCUGUUUUGGAAAAAUGCAUAGCUAGCGUGAGCUCACGCGCCACCGUAAACGAAGCUGAAGAAGAAGAAAACUGAAGGAGAAGAGAUGGGGUGUGCGGCGUCGAAGCUCGAUAGCGAGGAUACUGUUCGACGGUGUAAAGAUCGUCGCCGUCUGAUGAAAGAAGCUGUCUACGCUCGUCAUCAUCUCGCCGCCGCUCACGCCGAUUACUGCCGAUCGCUUCGUCUCACUGGAUCUGCUCUUUCCUCAUUCGCCGCCGGUGAGCCUCUCUCUGUGUCUGAUCAGACUCCGGCAGUUUUCCUCCAACCUCCUCCUUCUGAACAAUCGCCGGUCAACCUUAUCCCUCCACGUGUUCCGCCGUCGCCUGCUCCUUCUUCUGUUCAUCCUCCUCCUCCUUCAAUGUCUCCUUCCGUUGCAAGUACCGAGCACAAGCAUCCUCCAAUCAUGUCCGCCUCUUCCAAUCGACGAAGGAAACAGCAACCCAAACCAAAGCUGCCUCAUAUUCUCUCGGAGUCAAGCCCUUCGUCUUCUCCGAUGAGUGAGAGAUCCAAUUUCAUGCCGAAUUUCUAUCCCGGCGCUUACCAGAACUCCACUUACUCCGCUACUCCCUCACAUGCCUCCUCCGUCUGGAACUGGGAGAAUUUCUACCCUCCUUCUCCUCCCGAUUCCGAGUUCUUCGAUCGGAAGGCUCAAGAGAAGAAACAGAAACCCGAUAAUCCUUUUAGCGAUGAUACCGAAACACAGAGGUCAGAGUAUGAUUUCUUCCAUUCGAGUAAGCAGAAGCAGUUUGAAUCAGUGAGCAGUGCGGUGGAGGUGGAGACGGAGACGGAGAGAGAGGAAGUACAGUGUAGCGAAUGGGACGUUCACGAUCAUUACAGCACUACGACCUCCUCGGACGCCACGGAGGAGGAAGAUGACGAUAGGGAGUCGAUUUCUGAGAUCGGGACGCGCUCCGACUUCGGAUCCACCGGGAGAACUUUUUCGAUGGGUCGGCAACACCAGCAACCUUCACCGAUGCCGGAAGAAUACGUCGGCGGUGAACACGGACGAUAUAACGAGAAAGCAGAUGAUGCGACGAUAUCUUCCGGUAGCUAUAGAGGCGGAAGAGAGAUCGCCGACAUGAAGAUGGUGGUUAGGCAUAGGGACUUGAGAGAAAUCGCUGACGCGAUCCAGGAGAAUUUCGACAAGGCGGCCGCCGCCGGGAAUCAAGUAUCUCAGAUGCUUGAGCUCGGCAGAGCUCAGCUUGACCGGAGUUUCAGCCAAUUGAAGAAAACGGUGAUUCAUUCGAGUAGCAUAUUAAGCAACCUGAGCUCGACAUGGACCUCGAAGCCGCCAUUGGCAGUCAAAUACAGGCUGGACACGACGGCGCUGGAUCAACCGAACAGUCUGAAGAGCCUCUGUUCCACUCUUGACCGUCUCUUGGCAUGGGAGAAGAAGCUGUAUGAAGAAAUCAAGGCUAGAGAAGGCGUCAAGAUUGAGCACGAGAAGAAGUUGUCGCAACUUCAAAGUCAAGAGUAUAAAGGCGAGGAUGAAGCUAAGCUAGACAAGACAAAGGCCUCAAUUACGAGGUUACAGUCACUGAUAAUUGUUACAUCUCAAGCUGUUACAACUACAUCUACUGCCAUAAUCCGUCUUCGUGAUACCGACCUUGUUCCUCAACUCAUUGAACUCUGUCAUGGUUUUAUGUACAUGUGGAAAGCUAUGCAUCAAUUUCACGAGACUCAGAACAGCAUCGUGCAGCAAGUUCGAGGGCUGAUCAAUAGAUCAGGCAAAGGCGAAUCAACCUCAGAGCUACAUCGACAAGCGACUCGUGACUUAGAAUCAGCUGUCUCUUCUUGGCACUCCAGUUUUAGUCAUCUGAUCAAAUUCCAGCGUGACUUCAUACACUCGGUUCACGCCUGGUUCAAACUAACACUUGUUCCGGUCUGCCACGAAGAUGCCGCUGCCAAAGAGCCAACCGAUGCUUACGCGUUCUGCGAUGAGUGGAAACUUGCUCUAGACCGUGUUCCCGAUACAGUCGCAUCCGAAGCAAUCAAAAGCUUCAUCAACGUUGUGCAUGUGAUAUCGACGAAACAAGCUGAUGAACUCAAGAUAAAGAGAAGAACAGAAUCAGCAUCAAAAGAGCUCGAGAAGAAAGCUUCGUCGCUUAGAAACCUAGAGAGGAAAUAUUACCAGUCAUACUCAAUGGUCGGUGUCGGUUUACCUGAUUCAGGACCUGAUAGCCAACACAUGUUAGACGCUCGAGAUCCGCUAAGCGAUAAAAAAACAGAGCUUGCGGUUUGCCAAAGGAGAGUAGAGGAGGAGAUGGUGAAACAUUCAAAGGCAAUAGAAGUGACAAGAGCCAUGACUCUUAAUAACCUGCAGACAGGGUUGCCUGGUGUGUUCCAAGCUUUAACAAGUUUCUCUGCUUUGUUCAUGGAAUCUCUUCAAACGGUAUGCACUCGAUCAUACUCAAUCAAAUAGGAUAACGUAUUAUGUAAUAUAUAUGCAUAUAUAUAUAUAUACAUAGAGCGAGAGAUAUUUAUUCUUAACAGUACAAAAGCUUCAAUUCUUAAAUUCUUGAAGUACGACCAAAAACUAUCGUUGGCUCUUUUAUUUUUCCUUGAUCACUUCUUUUAGCAUGGUGAUGUCAAAUAUAGUUGUCAUCUAUUUUUUUUCCCCCACUUAAAUGUUGACAUUUUUUUUCUUGAUAUAAGGAUAAUAUAUUUAAUGAUAGCAAUCCUGUGACAGGGAAGAUUGC